UGCAGUAGAGCGUCUCAUCACUCGGGGAGCUGUGUUGGUGGUAGACAUGCGGUGGUGAUCAUAGUAAGGAUGUCUGAUGGAGCUCAGAAAAAUGACUCUUGCCCUAGGACUCCCAUGGCAGCUGGUAGAGGCCUGUUGGGACGUAGGCCUUCAACUCCCCUCACCCCAGGCCGUCUUCCCUCUAUCCGCUCCAGGGAUCUUACCCUUGGUGGUGUCCGAAAGAAAACGUUUGCUCCAAACAUAAUUGGACGGAAAAUUAAAGAAGAACCAAAAGAGGAGGUUUCAGUAAAAGUUGAGAGAUCUGAACGUAAUAGGGAUCGACGAGGAGAUGGACCGGGAAGGGGACGAGGGAGGCCACAAGUUAUCCAGAGUCACUCCAUCUUUGAGCAGGGACCAGCAGAACAGCUCAAAAAGAAAACUGCAUGGGAUGGGCCAUCUGAUUCUGGUGAUAUUGGUCCCUCCCACAUCAUCAACAUAAAACGAGAGAAAAGGGAGACUGAAGAGGAAACUAAACAGAUCCUGCAAAUGCUGAAAAAUGAUAAGUUUUUGGAUGACCCAGGUUUACGCAAUGAUGCGCAGAAUCAUCCUGUACAGCUCCCAUUGGCACAUUCUGGCUGGCUAUUUAGGGAAGAUGAUGAAGAGAACACACAGCCUGUUUUCCCCAAAGAACAGAUGGAAGUGGACCCCUCAUCUGUGAAAGUUAAGGAAGAACCAAUGGAAGAUGAGGAAAGUGUUUUGAAACUUGGUGUCCCACAGUGCAAAGCCCCUGCAGUGAAGAAGCCCCCAGAGAAGAAGGAUGUUUCACUUCCAGAGUUGCUGGAAUCUCUGCGGAUCUCCGGAGAGGAUGCACUCUUCUUUGUGCAGUUACCAGACACUCUCCCAGGACAGCCACUUAGCCAGGAAUCUCGCCCUGUCCGCAGUGAAGUUCAAACUGAGGAUGGGCACGUGUUACUUGUCAAGGACAAAAGUCAGGAGACCCCAGCAGCAGAGGAGAUCUGUUCAUUGCGUAAUGUGUCUGAAGGACAGAUCGGAAAGCUAGUUAUGCGCAAAUCGGGCAAAGUGCAGCUUGCUUUGGGCAAAGUUACACUUGAUGUCACCUUAGGAACUUCCUCCUCCUUCUUACAGGAACUGGUGGCAGUCAGUGUUGGGGAAGCCCGACGUGGUGAGAUGAUGGUUCUCGGACAUAUUCAGCAUAAACUUGUCUGUUCACCAGAUUUUGAAUCUUUACUGGAACAACGGCAACAAUGA